UGUCGAGCUUUGAUGACGUCUGUGUAAUGGCCGCUCUCACUGUGUCGUGCAGGGUUUAUGAAUUUCUCCGUUAGAGAAAAAUAAGAACCCCAGACAGAUCGUUCACUGUUUGAACACAGUCACCCCAAGGAAAGAGACCGGGUGACUCCCUACACUGAGACCCUGUCUCUCGAGACUCUGUGGUUUGAAAGAGUUCUUGCUCAUGGAUACACCUGAGAGCCCCACCCAGUCCCCACAAUCUCCUGAGGAGGAGGAGAAGGGUCUCUCCGACAACGAGCUGCUGGAGUCGCCUGAGUCCCCAGCAGAAGCAGACAAGGGAGUGUCAGACAGUGAGCUCUUGAAUGAUGAUGAAAAUGAAGCACAGGAGGGAGGAGGAGACUCAGAUUUUGAGGAUGGAGACAGGGUAGUAGCUGGCGGAGAAGAUCCAGAGGAGGUUUCAGACCUGGAAGACUUCAAGAUGGACAGGGAGGAGAGAGAAGACAUCCACCAACAAGACCUUGGUUUGACUGUCCGAGGAAGCAGGCAGAAUGCUAGCCAGGAAGAGGAGGAGGAGGAGGAGGAGGAGGAAAUCCUUGAGACGCCGAGAUCACCGGAUCCUGACUCACCGGGCCCAGAGCACGAGCGACCUUUUACCCCAGCGGAGGAGGAACGAGACGAGGAGGAUGAGGCAAGCACUAAGCCUGGCCUUGGCUGUGCUGAGCUUGAGGAAGAGGAAGAUGAGGAAGAAGAGAGGAGGAGGCGGCGGUUGAGGGCCGCUGCGGUGGUAGUGAGUGAUUUGAAGGACGAAUCUUCUGUGUCCAGAGAUCUGGAUGAGCAUGAGCUGGAUUAUGAUGAGGAGGUUCCAGAAGAGAUGAGCGCUGCUGCUCCUGAGGAGGACGAUGCAGAGAAGGGUCCCGCUGGAGAGGAUGGAGAAGAUGAGGAAGAGGAGGAUGAAGAGGAGGAGAAGAGACGAAAGAGAAAGGAAAGAAAACCAAUUCUGCCUCCAGAUAGAGACACACCGCUGAGAAAAUCUGAUGACUCAAGGGAAGGAGGCAGGAGAGAUUCAUUCCGUGAUAAAAAGAAAGAGGAAGAUGAUGGAGAGAUUGAUGAGGGAGAAAUAGAUGAUGAUGACCUUGAAGAAGGGGAGGUAAAGGACCCCAUGGACAGAAAGAUCAGACCCAGACCAAUCUGCAGAUUUUUCAUGAAAGGUAAUUGCACAUGGGGCAUGAUCUGUAGGUUCAUCCAUCCAGGAGUCAAUGAUAAAGGCAAUUAUUCCCUCAUCUCCAAGCCAGAUCCCUUCUCUCCUAAUGGAGCUCCUCCUGGGGGAGGAGGACCUCACCCCCUCAUGCCUGCUAACCCCUGGGGAACCCCUGCCGUAGAAGAGCUGCCUCCCCCUCCACCUCCUCUAGAUCCUCCGGUGGAGAGCGCCUGGGAAAGAGGCCUUAGACAUGCCAAAGAGGUGUUGAAGAAAGCCACCAUCCGUAAAGAGCAGGAACCAGAUUUCGAGGAAAAACGAUUUACCGUAACCAUAGGUGAAGAUGAUCGAGACUUUGACAAAGAAAACGACUUCUUCAGGGAACGUGGUUAUCGUAUAACCAGAGAGAUCCGAGAUGCUGGUGAUAUUGAGUUCAGAGAUCCAGGUUAUGGUGAUCCAUAUGGUGACCCAUACUAUGAUUAUGAGAUGGAAGCUUUUUGGCGAGGAGGCCAGUAUGAGAAUUUCCGAGUGCAGUACACAGAGACCCCACUGCCGUACUACCCUGACCGAGAGCGGGAUCCACGCGAGCGCCACCGUGAGAGGGAACGAGAGCACGAAAGAGACCACCGUGAGAGGGAGCGCAGGCAGAGAGAGCGGGAAAGGGAGAGAGAGCGGGAAAGGGAGAAAGAGAGCCGGCGAAGGAAGGACGAAUGGGAGAGGGAUCGUCUGAAACGUGACGAAAAGGAGGGAAGGCCGAGAGAGCGGCCUCCCAGAGAGCCGCGGGAGAAAAAGGAUGAGAAGGAGAAGCCACUCAAACCACGUUCGCCCACAAACAUGCCACCCAGGGGGCCAUUGGAGCCACCAACUAAGAAGGAGAUGGUCCCUCUGCCCAAGAGGCCAGAUGAAUGGAAGGACCCCUGGCGUAGGUCUAAAUCCCCUAGGAGAAGACCAGGUCUCAUGGGCUCCCCUCCGCGUGGCCGUAGGCGACACAGGCCCUCUGGAUCUUCAGUUUCUCUCUCUAAUUCAUCUAGGUCUUCAUCCCGGUCCUCCUCAUUCACGGGUUCUGGUUCUUCCCGUUCCCGAUCUCGUUCACGGUCGUCUUCAAUGAGUUCCUACUCGAGUCACUCCUCUCAGCAUAGCUCUUUCAGCGGAAGCCGCUCUAGAUCGCGGUCCUUCUCUUCCUCACCCUCACCAACCCCCUCUGCACAAAGAAACACUAAUAAAAACAAACCUGAGCAGCCUCCUGUUGCAGUGAAAGGCCACCCGUUGAAGCCUGGUGCACUGCCCCCUCCUCGCAGGGAGAAAGGACCUCCCAAAAUGAUGCCCAGCCCCUCAUUGCCUGAACAGCCGGGGAAACCACCUAAGCCAAUCACAGAGGCGGGAAAGCCCCCCAACCCCCGUCCAGCUGGAAGACCACCUGGACCCAGAGAACCGAGAGAACCCCCCAACGUGAGAGAAGGGCGUAAGAAAGAACGUCAACAGCACAACCCACCUCGCAGGCGAACAGUGAGCGGCAGUAUAAGUGGCAGCAGUUAUUCUGGCUCCAGCUCAAAAUCCCGUUCCUCCUCCGCCUCACUCUCCCGGUCCCGUUCCGGAUCCCACAAGUCUAGGUCUCUGUCGGUCAGUAGCGUGUCAUCUGUCUCCUCCGCCUCCUCCAGCAGUAGCUCGGUCAGGAGCGCUGACUCGGAUGACAUGUACGCUGACCUGGCCAGCCCUGUGUCCUCUGCCAGCUCCCGAUCACCCACUCCAGGCCAUGCUCGCAAGGAAAGGGGCCCUCCACGGGACAGGGGCCCCAACAAAGAGAGAGGAAAACCACCAAAGAAAGACGAGCCUUUCAAAGAUGAGCGAAAACGAGUGGACCCCUCUGGUCUCCCCCCUAAAACCAGCUCCAGCAUGCCUAGAUCUGGGAACAGAGGUCACCCCAUGCACCCGCCGCCUAUGGGUCCUCCAGGAGGAUACGGCUCUCACAAGGACAUUAAACUUACCCUGCUCAACAAGCAGCAAACUGACAGGGGCAAUAGGAAAAGGUACUUUCCUGCCGAUAAAGAGCGACCCCCUUCGCCUCUCAGCAAGAGGAUAGCAAUGUCACCUGACAGAGGUCGAGACAGGAGAAUGCCCGGGCGACCCCCGCUGUCUCCCAGAAUGGAUCGGCCCAAAGGCCAGGGUCCUCGGCCCAUGCCACCACAAGGAGAAAGGAAGCGUCCUCUAUCUCCUCCACCCAAGUCUUCUGGGAAAGGCCCUGCUGCAGUGUCUGCAGGUAAACCUCCUGCGCCCGGAGCUGGAUCCGGUUCCGGCUCCGCUUCUAGUUCUGGCUCGGGCAAGCCGAGCAGCACCCUUUCUCGCCGCGAGGAGCUGCUAAAACAGCUAAAGGCUGUCGAGGACGCCAUAGCCCGCAAAAGGGCAAAAAUCCCUGGGAAGUAAUCGACCUGGCGUCAUCCAGCUUCUGGGACAUCCAGUUUUGCCCAGUGUUUGCCAGAAACGGGGAAAUGCUUGCCGUUCUGAACUCCAAGGAUGUCUCACAUAAAUGUCCUCUGGAAAAGAGACCGCAGUUACAUUUCUGCUUGUUUUGCCCUCAGAGAGAGGUUGUCUAGAUUUUAUAUCAAUGUGAUAAAGUUGAGAAGUGGCGCUGUUCACUUGUUUUCGCAGGAUGGAAUCUUUACUGUAGUGUCUCAAAGAUUAAAAAAACUGUACAUUCAGUGCACAUUUUUGCUCUUCAUCCUGCCACAAUCCCUUCUCUCAUAUAUUCUAGUUGCUUUUUCCUCACUCCUGUUAUUUGAUGGGGCGAGUUACGGUGGACAGUGUUUGGACCAUCCUGGACGCAUCUGCGCAUUCAACGUCGGUCCUGCUCAAAGAAUCUAGAACUGCCUUUUCCACCUUAACCAAUGAAUCUGUCUAUCCGCCGCCAUGUGUUUAGCCAUUACUGUUUUUCACCAUGUACAACUACAAAGCCAGAUGACACAAUACCUGUUGCUUAAAGUGUAUGAUUCUAGAGAACCAAUGACAGUGAUGUGAAGUAUUGUUUUUUAAGAUUCUGCAUUGUUCCCCCCUCCCCUAGCUUUUCAAGUGAAAACCUGCAUUUUAUUUGUCCCUCAUUUUUAGUUGAAAGUGUGAGAGGCUGCGAUGGGGACACCUGAAAAUAAGGAAUAAUUCCGUCUUGCUUUUUGUGACAGAAAAAAGCUUCUAAAUAAACUAUUUUGAUAAAGAGAA